UCUUCCCUUCUCACCUCAUUUGAACUCUCUGUCUUGACAUUAUGGGUUGCUGUGGCUGUGGAGGCUGUGGUGGCUGCGGUGGCUGCGGUGGCUGUGGUGGCUGCGGUGGCUGUGGUGGCUGUGGUGGCUGCAGUGGCUGUGGAGGCUGUGGUGGCUGCGGUGGCUGCGGUGGUGGCUGUUGUACCACCUGUACCUGCCGCCGUGUGGGAUGCUGCUCUGCCUGCUGCCCCUGCUGCUGUGGCUGCUGUGGAGGCUGCUGUAGCCCUACAGUUGUCUGCUGCCGCCGUACCUGUUGCUGUGGUUCCUGUGGCUGUGGCUCCUGUGGCUGUGGCAAGGGCUGUUGCCAACAAAAAUGCUGCUGCCAACAGAAAUGUUGCUGCAAGAAGCAAUGCUGCUGCUAGAAGGGAGAGAUCAAGGCCCAACAUCACAGAGGACUUGCUAGAGGCACAUGGAAACCAUAAAGGUAAGACUUUCUUCUGUCUCAGUUUCUCUCUAUAACUCUAAUUGGUAAAUCAGAAAAUCUUUUCCCCAAGUUACGAGUUUGCUUGCUUAAGCACAUCCUUAAAAUAACAGCCUAAUUUUCUAAGAGCCUCAGACAUAUGUACCAACCAAGACAAAUUCCUCAAAGCAACGAGAAAUGCACAUAGACCAAAUACUGGAAAAUAAUUUAUAAAAUCAGCAAAAAAAAAAAAAUAGAAUCACAGUUCCCUAAUUUUUUUAUUCCUUUAUAUUGCAUUUUUGCUCCUUUGCUUGUCACAGUUUCUGUCCUUUCAAUGUAUACAGAACAUUAUUGUUGCCUUCUGCUAUCUUCUGUCUUCCUACUGAUUGUUUUCUUGUCCUCAAUAAAAUAUACCA